AUGGCGGACGUACUUGAUCUUCAUGAGGCCGGGGGCGAGGAUUUCGCCAUGGAUGAGGAUGGGGACGAGAGCAUCCACAAACUGAAAGAAAAAGCGAAGAAACGGAAGGGCCGUGGCUUUGGCUCCGAAGAGGGGUCUCGAGCGCGGAUGCGUGAGGAUUAUGACAGCGUGGAGCAGGACGGCGAUGAACCCGGACCACAACGCUCUGUUGAAGGUUGGAUUCUCUUUGUCACUGGAGUCCAUGAGGAAGCCACGGAAGAAGACAUCCAUGAUAAAUUUGCAGAGUAUGGAGAAAUAAAAAAUAUCCACCUCAAUCUGGACAGACGUACAGGAUAUCUAAAGGGGUAUACUCUAGUUGAGUAUGAAACAUACAAGGAGGCCCAGGCUGCUAUGGAGGGACUCAAUGGCCAGGAUUUGAUGGGACAGCCAAUCAGUGUGGACUGGUGUUUUGUUCGGGGUCCACCCAAGGGCAAGAGGAGAGGUGGCCGAAGACGCAGCAGGAGUCCAGAUCGGAGACGUCGCUGA